AUGGCACUAAAAGAACUCGAAGGACGAGCAGCACGAGAUAUCAUUAUAGUUCCGGCCGAUAAAGGAGGAGGUAUUUGCAUUCUAUCCCGAACUGACUAUGUCGCUGAAGGGAUGCGACAAUUAAAUGACAAAUCGGUGUACCGACUUCUGCCAAAAGAUAAGUCAAGACAAAUUGGAAAUGAUGUUGUUAAUCUUUGCUCAAAAAUGAAGGAAGCUGGAGUAAUAGACGAUAAAUUAGCUGAAUCAAUCCUUCCAAAAGACCCCAAACCAGGUCGCCUACGCCUCCAGCCCAAGAUACACAAAGAAAAUCACCCUAGUCGUCCCAUAAUAUCAACGAAUGGCACAGCGACAGAAAAACUUUCGGCCUAUGUAGAUUAUAAACUGACUCCGCUCAUGUCAAAUUCUUUACAUCCAACUAUCAAAUUUACCUUCGAAUGCUCAACAAACUGGAUUACGUUUUUGGAUGUUAAGGUUCAUAUCAUUAACAACAAAUUGGAAACGGAAAUCUUCAGCAAAGAAACCGACUCGCACCAGUAUCUUUCGCCAUCGUCCUGCCACCCUAAACAUGUCACUAAAAAUAUUCCAAAAAGUCUAUUCAUCAGAAUAAGAAGAACCUGUUCAACAAAUGAGUUUUUUGAUAAACAUGCAAAAAUAUUGAAAACAUACCUCACAAAGAGAAACUACAAAGAAAAUUUAGUUGACGAUGCAAUACAAUCUGCAAAAGAACUCGACAGAAAACUCCUUUUAAUCCCAAAAACUGAAACCAAAAAAGAAACUUUGCUUCCCUUCAUCACAAGCUAUCACCCGACCCAACCAAACAUUCGAAAAAUAUUUUCAGAUUACCAAUACAUUUUAGAUAACAACGAUAGACUAAAAGUAAUUUUCCCAAAACCACCAAGAUUAGCCUAUCGUAAAUGCCCCACACUAAGGGACAAAUUAGUCAGAGCAAAAUUGAAACCAGAAACUCCCGUUAAAAAGAAUCCAGGCUUUUUCAAAUGUGGCAGAAAAUCAUGUAGUACCUGCCAAUAUUCCGAAGAAAGGAAAAUUGCAACAAACAAACAGAAGACAGCAGAAAUAAGGAUUCGUCAAAAAGUUACAUGCAACUCGGAAAAUGUAAUCUACCUGAUAAGCUGCAAAAAGUGUGGCAUGCAAUACAUAGGAGAAACGGGAAGACAUUUAAAAUACCGAAUAACGGAACAUAUUAGAAGUAUAAAAACCCAAAACAAAGAUCUGGUUGUUGGCACCCAUUUCAGUCAACCGGGACAUUCGCUUAAAUAUUUUAGUGUCAUUGGCAUUGAAAAACUAUUUCAUGACCACAUUUAUCGAAAGAACAAGGAAUCCCAUUACAUUCAUCUUUUCGGGACACACGAGCCACAAGGGAUGAAUAUUAAGGAAGUUUAG